AUGAAGCCUAACGCCGCUUCUAGCACCCGAGCACCGUUUCGACUGUCUAAAACGGAGCAAGAAGCAUUGGAAAAGUUCGUCGCGGAAAACAUGAAGAAAGGGUGGAUAGAAGUCUCCAAUUCACCCUGGGUCUCCAAUAUCUUCGAAUGGCUGCGAUCCGGGAAUAGUUCCAUUCCGAUUCGUUGGGUCAUCGACUUCCGCUAUGUCAACAGUCAGACGAAGAUCCCGAAGAUUCCAUUACCGCUAAUCGAGGCAAUCUUUGACAAGAUGGUCGGCUGCACAGUGUUUACGGUUCUGGACCUGGCCCAAGGUUAC